CAGGACGAUGACGAGUUCGACAACAGCUACGAGGCGCUCAUCCGCCUGUCGGAGCGACUCGGCGACGCCAAGCCCAAGGGCGUCUCGGCCGACCAACUCGAAAGCCUGCGCAACGCGCACUCGCUCGACCCGCCGACGCUCGCGCGCCCAGGGCUCGACAAGGAGACGCGGUGCGGCAUCUGCCUGUGCGACUACGAGGACGACGACGACUGCAUGCUCACCGUGUGCGAGCACGGCUUCCACGACGAGUGCCUGCGGUCGUGGUUGACGCAGAAGGGAACCUGCCCGUGCGUCCUCUUUCUCUCUCUCUUUCCUUCCCGGCCGGCCCUGACCUUUCUCGUCCAUCGCGCUCGCAGUGUCUGUCGUCGUGACCACGUCUCGGCGUGA